CCAACGUCUGUCAAUCUAGCCGGCGAACGUAUGUCGUCGACGCCGGUUGGGAAAGUGAAAGCCCGUAAUGGGGCGGGGGGGAAGAAGGAAUACCCGGAGCCACUUGCCUCUCAUCAAGACCUUGUUAUGGACCCUGUUGCUUUCUGGGACACGCUGCGCCGCUUCCAUUUUAUAAUGGGCACUAAGUUUAUGAUUCCUGUGAUUGGAGGGAAGGAGUUAGAUUUGCAUGUUCUUUAUGUGGAGGCUACUAAAAGGGGUGGGUAUGAAAAGGUUGUUGCGGAGAAGAAAUGGAGGGAAGUGGGCAGUAUUUUCAACUUCUCUCCCACAACGACAAGUGCUUCUUUUGUUCUCAGGAAACACUAUUUUAGUCUCCUUUACCACUAUGAACAAGUUCAUUUCUUUAACAAACAGGGUACCCCACAAACCCCAGCAGCUACAUUUCCUGUUAAUGACCCUUCACCCGGAAGUGAAUUGACUUUGGCCCUGGUGGAAUAUUCUCCAAAGACGAUAAGAGAAAGCCCGGAUCCACUUAUUGAAGUCUAUUGUGGUGGUGAUAUUGGAAUAACAGGCCCUUCAUGUUUUUCAGCUGUGGGGACAAUUGAAGGGAAAUUCGACUGUGGCUACUUGGUGUCUGUAAAGUUGGGUUCAGAGGUUCUGAAUGGAGUACUCUACCACCCGGAUCAGACUGGUCCUUCUACUUCAGCUCCCCAAUACAGCAGUGCCAUUGUCCCCUACAAACACAGCCACAAGGACCACCAUACUCGGAAGAGGAGGAGAAGUAGAAGAUCUGGUGACCCCAGCCAUCCGAAGCCUAACAGGAGUGGCUACAACUUCUUCUUUGCCGAAAAGCAUUACAAACUCAAGUCUCUCUACCCAAAUAGAGAGCGUGAGUUCACAAAAAUGAUUGGAGAGUCUUGGAACCAGCUCAGUCCAGAAGAAAGGAUGGUUUACCAAAAUAUUGGGUUGAAAGAUAAGGAAAGGUACAGGAGGGAAUUGAAAGAGUACAAAGAGAGGCUGAAGAUGAGUCAGAAUGUGGAAAUUGGGGGAACAAAAUGAAAGGAGGAGGAAGACAGAAUAUAGAUACAAAUUUGCUUAGUCUGCUAUUUAGACAUGUCCUAUAUAAAAAGCAUAUGAAGUUUGAUAGAUAUUUCUCCCUAAUUAACUGCAGUUCAGAAUGUUUAACAUAAAUGUAUCCUUAAUUA